AUGGCCUCCAAGAAGACCAAAUCCGCCGCUGCCGGCGACGAUAUCGAUGAGCUCUUUGAGGGCAUUGGCGAUGAUGCCGCUCCUGCCCCCAAGAAGUCGCUCGAGAAGAAGGGAAAGCCCACCACAGCCGCUUCUAAAGCCAUGGCCGACCAGGACAUUCUCGCUGAGCUGGAAAAGGAUCUCGAGCAGCCAUCCCGCCCGCACACGCCCCGUAUUAAGGAGACGGCCGCGAAGGGCCCUCCCCGACGCUCUGCCACGCCUACGACCGAGGACAAGGCUGCUGCUCCCCGCAAGUCUACCGACAGCGCGCGAUCCCUCCGCGCAAGCUUCACUCCUAGCGCCACCAGCUCCGACCUUCAGGAUACGGACAAGAAGUCAUCUGAGCAGCCUGCCGCCGCCGCUGCCGCUUCGUCUUCUGCGGCGGCUGCUACGCCUGCACCCGCGUCUACCGGCGGUGGCUGGUGGGGAAGCGUAUUCUCCACUGCCUCUGCUGCCAUGAAGCAGGCUGAGGCCGCUGUCAAAGAGAUUCAAAAGAAUGAAGAGGCCCUGAAGUGGGCUGAGCAGGUGCGAGGCAACGUCGGUGGCCUGAGAGCACUCGGUGACAACCUUCGACAGCAAGCACUCCCGACCUUUACAAACAUCCUACACACCCUUGCGCCCCCAAUCAGCUCCCACGAACGACUGCUCAUUCACAUUACUCACGAUAUGGUCGGAUACCCGUCUCUCGACUCUAUGAUCUACGGCACCUUCUCGCGCGUCAUGUCGCAGGUCGAAGGCGGCGAGUUGAUGGUCAUCCAGCGUGGUCAGGAGAACACUAGCAGAAGAUACUCAAAUGAUGGAGGAGCGGGCUGGAGAGACGGUCCCUGGUGGAGGCAGUCCGACUCGCCGCGAGACCUGGGUCUGAUUAAGGGACUGACCGAGGGUACCAAGCUAUGCCGCGCUGGCGCUGAGGGCUACGCCAACGAAUACUUUGCUGCUCACGGCGGUCUGGAGCAGGCCAGGGUUCGUGCUACCGAACCCUUGAGCGAGGACAACCCCGUGCGCAGCUCCGAUCUUUUCCUUGCCAUCCAGGCUGUGGGCACUACGUCGGACCCUGCCCUCUUUGCUCGUACAGCUGCUGUCGAGAAGGAGAAGGAGGCUUCGUCCGUGGCAGACCAGGACGACGCAGAUGAGAUGGUUUGCUUCGCCGUCUUCUGCCUGGAUCCAGUCCACGAGAUUGAGUACUCGGCACUCAGCCAGUCCAUCCCGGCCAAGUGGAUCCAGUGGUUGGAUGCCGCCAACCCGCUGACUCCCACCAGCGGCGAGGAAGGCCAUGAGCCUGCCACAAGCCUGUCCAUUCCUGAUGAGAUUCGUGAAAUUGUUGAGAGCGGCGGUGUCGACCCCCGAGAGUGGGUUGCCGAGUGGAUCGAGGAGCUGCUAGGCCUUGCCGUUGGUAUUGUAGCUCAGAGAUAUGUCGCCCGGCGGAUGGGUGUUGGUGAGGGUGGCAUUGGCAAGGGAAAGAGACGCGUGGAUGAGCUGGUCAAUGACGGCGCCGGUGAGGCAGCUCGGGCCGGACUCAUCUGA